GCACCCAUUUUUUGUGGCCAUCGUUCAGAGAAACCGCGGGAAAAAUCUCUCUCUCUCUCUCUCUCUCUGAUGGCAGGGAUUCUGUCUUUCGCUCCCGGCACUCCCCACCUCAACUCCCGCCAUAAAAUUGCCUGUCCAGUCCCGGCCAACUACCCCAAGAUCGACAGGUUGCGAUGCUUCGGAGAGAAUCCGACCCGUAAUUCGUCCUCCGAAGCGAAGUCCGAGCCCGAAAACGCGCUCCUCAAGGCGGCCUGGUACGGCUCAGAGCUCCUGGGAAUCGCGGCCUCGCUCUUCCGGUCGCCGGCGAGCGCCGAAGCGCCGGCAGGGGAGUUGGAGCUCGCUGGGGAUGGAUCGGGAGCUUUUGAUCGGAGCCUAGUGGUUGAAACCAUAAAGCAGGACUACCAGAGGUCCUACUUCGUCACAGGAAACCUCACACUCCAUGUUUAUGAAGAGGAUUGUGAAUUUGCUGACCCAGCCGGUUCCUUUAGAGGGCUUCGUCGCUUCAAAAGGAAUUGUACCAAUUUUGGUUCACUUAUUGAGAAAUCAAAUAUGAAGCUUACGAAGUGGGAAGAUUUCGAGGACAAGGGAAUUGGACACUGGCGUUUUAGUUGCAUCUUGUCCUUCCCUUGGAGGCCCAUUCUCUCUGCAACUGGAUACACAGAAUACUUUUACGACGUGCAGUCUGGAAAAGUAUGCAGACACGUGGAGCAUUGGAAGGUUCCCAAAAUGGUGCUAUUGAAGCAAAUUCUAAAGCCUAGCCGAUGGGCUUGGGAAAAGAAAUCGGGCAGGUGAAGGAAUUGAUUCAGAUUACUUUGGUAUAAGAAGCUACACAAUGGAGAUGAGAAACUGCCGUUUGCAAGGAAAAAGUUUGGCAGAAUGAAUGCAAAUAGCUUAUCUAGUAUAUGUACAAAGUUUAAGAUUAUCAAGUGGCAGUGUACAACAUAUUCAAUUGGAACGUUUUCAACUUGAUUUGGUUCUUCUCAAUAUUAAAAGCUUGUUAGGCCCAUAGAUUGUUCUUUAAUUUGA